AUGAAGUACCUUCCUGCUAUUGUUCUGACUUCUCUGGCUUCUGUGGGCCUUGCCACUACUGGCCCUGGUCUCCCCUCUGAUGCGAGCUACUGUCCCGCUUGCGUCGGCACCCGGUAUACAGACGCAACAACGGGCCAAUCGGGCUGCUGUCCCCUCGGGACCGUCUAUCAACCCGCAGCCUGUGCGCCGGGCACUCCCACUACCACCAACCCGACUUGCCCGGCUGAUGACGGGAAGCUCUAUGUUAAGAACGGCCUCACGUACAAAAUUUACUGCGAUGUGACAACCAACCUAGGACCUGAUGUCGGUUUCGCUAAUGUGGCUGAUGCUAAGGCAUGUGCGGAUCUAUGUGCCUCCAAACCGGCGUGUGGAGAUGCAACAUUCCGCUCAUCUGAUAAAGGGUGCUUUAUGUCGUCAAAUAUUCUGGGGCCGAAUUACCAGGGUACUCCUUUGCCUGGAGCCAUUGUCAUUGCCAAGCAGUAA